UGGUGUUGACCGCACGUUGACAACUUGGAUGACGCCAUCAAUGAUGCAAUACACUCUGUUCUCAGAGUUCGGUGCCUUUGGCUUCUUUACUUACGAGAUAGAAGGGGCUAUGGUUGGAAACACAAAACGAAACAUUCUUCAGUUGAAUCCACCUGAAUUGUACCUGCGAAACAGCGUUUAUCUGUACCCGUAUGAAGACAACCAGGUUGCUAGGCGUUAUCUAGAUAGAGUUGUUCCAAUGAUUCAACGCUUCAACAGCCAUUGGGAAAGCAGCUCCAGUUUUGAUGACAUCGGACGAGAUUUGCGACGAAAAGUUAUAGAAGUCUUUGAAUUUGAAAGACAAAUUUCACAGGCUAUCCGUAUCGCAGAAAGUUCCAACGAGGACAAGUUGUUAUAUACCAUUACCGACCUCCAGAGAAACUUCCCGAACAUCAACUGGACCGUUGCCUUACCCGCACAACAGUUGUCCGUCGAUACCCCAAUCCAGCUCAACUUCCCAAGCUACUUUACCUCUCUGAAUGGAAUGCUUGGCAAAAUCGACCGAUCCACUCUCACCAUGUACCUUUACGUCCGCGCGAUUUUAACCGGAAUUCUUCCUUAUGCCCCUAAAGCUACACGACAGUUCAUGGAUAACAUGUACGAGUCUGAAACCGCACAGGACUACACUUGGAUAGAAUGCAUGGGCAGUACUCUCAAACUUCUACCGGAGGAAGUCCUAGUGGAGUACUCCACAAAAUACGCUGAUCGUAUCAAACCAGUGAGUGAGUACGUUUCCUCCUUGGCCGCCAAUCUGAUUGACACUAGCUUGCGGUCCUUCAUGGCUUACGGAGGAUACAGUGAUUCCACCAAGUUUACGGUGUCUGGAACUCUGUCUUUUUUGUCUGUGGUGAUCACACCUAUUCCCAUCAUUACCUGGACGGUCACCCUCCCCACCAGCAGUGACGUACUCUAUCUGUUCAGGGCUAACUAUGCCUCCCAGAUCUACGCCAGUCGGUUAGUGAGUAGGAUAGGUGAGGUCUAUUCUAUGCCGUUCAUUCCAUGGAGCGAUGUCGAUAUUGUGUAUGACAAAGAUAUCAACACAAUCGGAAUACCAUAUGGAACACUCUCUUGGAAAACAAACUUGAAACCUGAGUUUUCCUUCAUGUCAUCGGUGGGGGUACUUCUAUCUGAAAAAAUUACCAGUGCAAUCUAUGGUUCUCUGGACGUUCAGUCUCCAAACACCGAAUGGAGCGGAAGUUCUUUCCGACAUUUUGAGGAUAAACAAAACUGCUUCUCCAAUCAGCUGUUUGAGAAAAGAACUGAGACUGGGAUCGACAAAACAAAACGGGUGAUGUCUGGUCAUGCAGGGCUUUACAUUGUGAUUCAGGAACAAAAACGACUAUUGCAGAAUAACCUGAUCCAACAGUACCAGUUUCCCUUUUUAGCUCUCCAUUCAGAACAACUGUUCUAUCUUUCAAUGAUCCAAGAAAUGUGCAAAGUUGAUAAAGCGGAAGAUAUUUUGUCCAACAAAUUAAGAUGGAACACUAUUCUUAUGAACGACAACUCGUUUAUUGAAGCCUUCAAAUGCCCGUCCGACUCCACGAUGAACCCACGCUAUAAGUGUCAUUUGUUUCAACAAACCAAUUAUACCGUACCUCCAACAACAGUUGCUCCGACGACAACUACUAUAAGUACAACAACAAGGCCGACAACAACAACGACAACAACUACCGCUAAACCAACAACAACAACUACUACUGCUAAACCAACAACGACAACAACAGCUACCGCUAAACCAACAACGACAACAACAACUACCGCUAAACCAACGACAACAACUACUACUACUGCUAAACCAACGACAACAACUACCGCUAAACCACCACCAACAACUACUACUACUGCUAAACCAACGACAACAACUACCGCUAAACCAAAAACAACAACUACUACUGCUCAACCAACAACGACAACAACAACUACCGCUAAACCAACAACAACUACUACUACUUCUAAACCAACUACGACAACAACAACUACCGCUAAACCAACAACAACAACAACUACCGCUAAACCAACAACAACUACUACCGCCAAACCAAUAACAACUACUGCCAAACCACCACCACCACCAACAACAACAACAACAACAACAGUUAAACCAACAACAACCGCUAAACCAACAACAACAACUACUCCAAGUCCAACAACAACUACUACAAUUACAACGACCACAUCGACGACAGCUGCAUCUACUCAACGGACAACAACGGAACAAGACACACUAAGUACAACAGAGUUUAAUCCCUUUAAUGAAGACCCAGACACUGAGCCCCCAAUAUGCCAGUCAGGAUUCUGUUAUUCCUUGGCAUACUCCAUCUAUUCUCGGCUGGAUCUAUUUGCUGACCCAUGUGAAGAUUUUUACCAGCAUGCGUGUGGCGGGUGGGUGUCUGGAAGGAACACUCUAAUGGAGCUUAACAUGUACAAUAAAUCAAGGAACUCUAUUACAGAGGAUGUGCGUUAUGAUUUUAGAGAAAAAUUAUUAGGCAUUGUGGAAGCUAAGGUUACUGAUGAAGACAGUGAAUACCUCCAGGUGAUUAAACGACAUUAUGAGGCAUGCACGGUUUCCAAUAAGAUAAGACAGGUGGAAUCAGUUACAAAUGAUAUGCAAGUUCUUUUAGACGUGUUGGGCAUGCAAAGUGAUCUUACGUCUUAUUUGGGACCACCUCUCAUGCACAGCAUUCUGGGUGCUGAUUUUGGCGGAUCCGGGGUGUUUGAUUACGGCGUUAUACAGGCUCUUGUUGACCAGACACCAACAUUUAUAUUGCAAAUAACUCCAUCGACUCUAUAUUUAAGAAGUGAUGCCUACUUCUUGCCUUAUGAAGACAACACGAUAGCCAAACGAUACCUGGAAAGAUUAGUACCUGUUUUGCAAACGUCCAACGAACAAUUAAGGGCCCCAUUUGCAAGUGAGGACAUUACAGAUAGAUUGUUUCAACGAUUGAAGGAGGUGUUUGCUUUUGAACAAGAAUUGGCAAAGGCACUUCAAGCAGAUGAUGUUUUUGAACCCUAUGUUGACGUCAGUCUGAUAGAACUCGAGCAGAGAUACCCAAAUAUUGACUGGGUAUAUAUGUUGCCUGCUCAGCAGAACUUUGCUGUCACUCCCAUCAGAGUUGUCCAGCCGUCCUACUUUCAGAGUCUUGACCAGUUAUUCAAUGUCACAAAUGAAGAUAUUAUUGCCAUGCAUAUCUAUAUAAAGGCAGUUUUGACGGGAGUUUUACCUCACACUCCGCUCGUAAUCAGGAAGAGCAUGGAAGGCAUUUACGGAAACGAUACAAGUAGUCCUUUUUCAAGGGGUUAUUGUCUAGACUCCGUGCUUAACUUACUUAAUAAGGAAAUUCAUCACGAAUAUAGAUUACAAUAUAAGGAAGAAAUACAGACAAAGACAACGUAUUAUUUAAGUUUAUCACAAAGAAUCAACGAAACAUUAUACAACCAUAUAACAUCAACAAGUGAUUUUAGUGAUAUUACAUCUGAAAGAAUACGUACAAAGUUAACUCAGCUAAAAUUUCAGUUUCCGGAAGAUCCGCAGAUUUCUUGGACGGUCUCAAUUUUUAAUACACCAGACAUAUCGUUUCUUUAUCGCGCGAAUGCUGCAAUACAGGUGAAAAGGUAUCAAGAGUUUGACACGAUUGGAAUUCCAGCAACGCAAUCAGACAUAGCGUGGGCUGAUACAAGUAUUCAACUGGACUCCAAUCUCAAUGUUUUGGGAAUUUCCUAUCCUGCUUUAGACUUUCAUUAUGCAGUCGACCCACAGAUUCCAGCCUUAUUUACUUCCGGUUGGCAAAUUGCAAGACAAAUGAUAACCGCUGUGAUGGGGGACUUUACAUCCACUCCUGCUAUGUGGAGCACUUCGUCUUUAGAUACCUUGUUGGAGAAGAAAAAUUGUUACAAUACCCAAAACCCAGGAGUCAACUCGGACGAUUUUGUAAUUGGUGACCUCAUUGCUGGAGGUGUUAGUUUGGAUCUCAUUACAAAGGUAUACUCAGACCUAGUUUCUGCUGAUGAUAUACAGAAAUUCGUCCUUCCAGACCCUUCUUCUAUCUUCUCAAUGGAAGAGUUAAUCUUCUUGACGUUUGCACAGCAAAUGUGUGAAAUAGACAACUUAUCUGGUACACCAUCAGGUCAAUCAAGGGUUAACAAAAUACUUCAGAACGAUGCUGCAUUUCAAACGGCCUUUGGAUGUCCGGGCGGAUCCAGUAUGAACCCGGACCAGAAGUGUCACCUUUUGUCAAGUUUGGCAAAUCCUCUGGAUUAAAUAUUAUAUCAAAUAUUAUUUAAAACCGCGAUACAUAAAACAGGUACUACAAUAUCAGUAUUGUCACAUAUGCUCUAGUUUUCUACCUCAUACAGUUUUAAAUGUCAUGAUAUAUAGGCAGCUUAUAACUUUAUUUCAUUAUUUCAUUGUACUUUUAAUCGAUUCGUUAUGAUU